CAGUCGGUGCACGGGUACACUAAAUAAUUUAAGUUACAAAAGCUUGUCGAUUCCGUAGAAACGUUCUCAGUUUUUAGUGAGUGGUAGCGCGAGACACAAGUGUACUACAAUGCAGUUCCAUGUAGCCUUCAUAGGACUUACAGCCUUUGUUGUUUUUUCGGCUGAUGCUGGUCCGUCAAUGCACAAUCCAACGUACUGCUAUGCGACAGACAACAUUCGUCCCCAGAUCAAUAUGGCAUCUGUGUUGACUAGUUACCAAGCUAUUCGUCGAUUCAAUUUUACCACUGUGAACCCGUAUGUUUCAACUUGUUCUCCAUCAAGGUUGUGGUACCUGGGUAUGUACGGAACCCGUUUGCCUAAUCCACCGACGCUUCAGCGGAUUAUUGAUUUUACACAAUCAUCGGUUCAAAAUGCCACCAUUGAAAAUUAUUUGGCAGGUCGAACGACUCUGUGCCGAGAGGAUUUCGAAAAUAUUCGUGACUUUACAAUGGAUUCAGAAUUUGGUGAUUUAUUCAGAAUAGAGAAUGCAGCUAUGGUAACGGAAUCGGGCAUCUUUGCUGUGCAAAAUAUUUCCCGGCGUUUUCAACAAAUUUUUCCAAACAUUUUAUCCGAAACUUACACACCGGCCCGUUUUCAUUUCCGUCACACCAGCACUCCACAGUCCAAUGACUCAAUCCGCGCAUUUGCCACUGGUCUAUUUGGUGAAGCUGGAGCCGCAAACGUUGUCUACGAACCUGUACCCGAUGCUGAUUGGUUCUUAAGUCCAUUUAGUUUUUGCCCUGCAUUUGAUGAGGAAACGGCAGAUUGGGAACGUCAACGAAUUGCAUUUAGAGAAGGACCCGAGAUACGGGAAUUGAUAGAGCAAGUGAAUAGGAAAUUAGGCUUUCACACGUCAAAUCCAAUGGACUUUGAUCAAGUGUGGACCAUGUGGAACAUUUGCGUAUUCGCUGUGGCAACGACAUUCGAAACAUCCAAUUCUGAAACGGGUCCUGAUUCUCCCUGGUGUGCUCCGUUUUCGAUUGCUCAUCACCUGCUAUUGGAAUAUUACGAAGAUAUGAGAUGGUUUUACUCCAGAGGUUACGGCGUUCGGAACCAACGAUUGCUUCAAAACAUGAACUGUGGCUUGAUGCAAGACUUACUGCGCCACAUGCAAUCUGAAAAUGAUUCCGAUGCAAUGGCUCGCAUUUUCAUGUCUUCUGCGAGCGAAAUUCAGGCAAUGUUGGUCAUAUUGGGAUCGUUUAGAGAUUUUUGGCCGAUGCAUCAGCAUAAUUUUGCUCAACAAACGACUAGAAACUGGCUAAUGAGUUUGAUUACGCCGUAUAGCGGUAACUUGGCUGCCGUUCGUUUUGAUUGUGAUGGUGGAGACCACGAUGUGAUUUUCCUACUUAACGAGCGACCGAUUUUGGUUCCGGGGUGCGAUCAACAAAAUGGAGUGUGCAAAUUGAGUUUUAUUGUGAAUCGAUUCCAACGGUUCAUUGAUGCCAAUUGUUCAACACUUUUCUGUAGUGAUGACUAAUUUUUGUGAGCCUUUCGACUCCUUUCGAAUUCAUCAAUUUGCUUUUGAUAAUCAUAUCAGGUCAUCAUCGCCACCGAGUUGAUAGACCGAAUUGUUGAUAAAAUUUAUUUAGAGAAUACGAAAUGAAAAAUAAAAUAAAAAUCCACUGACAAAA